AUGUAUCCUCGUUUGAGUCCCGUGGCAUCACCCAAUAAUCCCAAAUUACAGAGGCCUUUGAAAGAGCCUUCUGAUUCUGUGGUUGCUUCAAUGACAUCAUUAACUGCAUCUCCUUCGAGAGGCAGAUCUACGGAUUCUAGAGUGGCUACCAGCAGAAGUAGUUCACGGAUCUCAUCAUCACGAGGACAAGAGUCAGGAUCAUCACCACAUAGACAGUUAACUAAACCUGCUCCAAUCUCUUCCAAUAAUAAAACACGAUGGCUAAGAAGUCCUUCAAGUCCAGCAUUAAGUCGUACUGCACGUAGAGUGGCAUCACCUUCUCCCAGUUCUGCUUCGAGGAAAACAAGUACUAAUAAUCAUCCAACCCCUAAUAGAGCCAUUAGUUGUCAAGAUAUACCUACAAAGAAAUCAUACAAAGAUAAUGAUGUAGUGGUUGAUGUUCUACCUUCUUUUGAAAUGUAUAAUUCAUUACAUAGACAUAUACCACAAGGUAAUGUCGAUCCGGAUAUCCAUGAACUACCACCUUCUUAUAAUGCCACACAAAAUCAUAGUGAAUCAACUCUGUCACAUAAUAAUACAUCUACAUCAUUAGAAAUACAACCUCUUUCUACUCAUUCAAAUUCAAAUAUCAAUAUGAAUUUGAAUACGUUGGUUCCAUUACAUACUCAACAUUUGAAUAUUCAGAAUGGUUCCUCUACGAAUAAUAGUAAUACUGCUACAAGUAGCAUGAGAAAUAGCAUUUCAGAGGAUAUCAUUACUCCAGCAUCAAAUGUCAAUUCAAAUAAUGAUAUAAUCGAGCCCUCGCCUUGCUUAUCAAUAGAAGACGAUAUUAAUAAUACAGGUCAAAACGUUUAUAUUGAUAAGUUAUAUUCUUUACCAAAAUUGACAACACCUGUGCAAAUCGAAAUUCAUGUUACUAAAGCUGCGGCUAUACCACAUGAAGUACCACAAGAAGAAUCUAUCUUAAAGGAAUAUACUUCUGGUGACAUCAUUCAUGGCUAUUGUAUCAUUGAAAAUAAGUCUACUCAACCUUUAAAAUUUGAAAUGUUUUAUGUCACUUUAGAGGCUUAUAUAUCUGUUAUUGAUAAGCAAAGAUCCAAAAGAACUUUAAAGAGAUUCUUAAGAAUGGUAGAUCUUUCAGCAAGUUGGUCUUAUACGAACAUCAUUUUAAGCUCAGGUGCUACAAUGGUUGCUGGUGACUUGGAUCAUGAUGAUUGUUUAGUUGGAUUAAAUAAUAGUAGAAUUUUAGAACCUGGUAAGAGAUAUAAGAAAUUCUUUAUGUUUAAAUUGCCAAAUCAAAUGUUAGAUUCUGCUUGUAAACAAGAUCAAUUUUCUCAUUGUCUUUUACCACCCAGUUUUGGUAUCGAUAAAUAUAGAGGUAAUGGCCAAUAUAGUUCUAUUAAAAUCAAUACUGCCUUAGGGUGUGGUCAUAUUGGUGUUAAAGGUUCACCAAUCUUAACAAACGAUCAUUGUGACGAAAAUCUUUCCAUCAAUUAUACCGUAGAUGCAAGAAUUGUAGGUAAGGAUAAAAAGACUUCUAAAUUAAUUAUUAUGAAAGAACAAUCUUAUAAUCUACGUGUGAUACCUUUUUCUUUUUCAAAGACUUUAAUGAGAGGUGAAAGAUCACCUCAAAGGCAAAUGAAAGAUUUAAUGCUUUUAGUGGAAGAGAGACUCUCUGCUUUAGAAUCAGUUUUUAAAAGAUUAGAAAAAACUGAACCUUUAAAAAGUAUUGAUAUACAUUCCACUGAUAUAAGUGGUACCAUUCAUGAUCAACUAACUUUAACAGAUGAUGAUAUCCUACAAAGAAAAUCUUCUCAAUUAUAUGCAACAACUUCAAAUCCAGAUUCAAAUUCCACUAUUGGAUUAAAUAAAAAAUUUAGCGGCCAUAUGAAUAAUUCACGUAAAAAUCUACCUUCUUAUGAUUCAAAAGAAAAUAAUGAUAUGAUUGAAAGUGAAAUUAAUUAUAAAUUAAAACCAAAGAUUUUAAAUACUCCAGUUUUGAAAAAUUCAAUUUUAUCAAGUCUUUGGGGUAAUAAUAAUACAAGUAAUUCUUCCAAUACCCCUUCAAACUCAGAUGAACGUUGUGGGAUGAUUGUUGUUACAGGAGAAAUUCCACAAAGAGGAUUACCAUAUUGGUCUCCCUCUCUUCUAAGGAAAAGUAAUACUUUCCAAACAAUGACAAAGCAUGCUCAAGAGAAUUUUACAAAUUUAAAUUCUUUAAUGCCCCUUGAAGAAACUAAAAUUAUUAAAAAUAUAAAUUUAAAAUUAACUUGUAUUCAAUCAAAUAAUAGUAUGAUUCAUAAUCCACCAGAAAUAAGUUCAGUUACUGCUGAACUAGUUUGCAUCACUACCAAAUCAGAUAAUUCAAUUCCAAUUACAUUAAAUCAUGAAAUGUUAAUAAAUAAUGAAAAAUUGAUGAAAAUGAAAGAUCGAUUUUCCUUAUAUUUUAAGAAAGUGGGGACAUAUGCCAAGAAGUUUGAAGAUAAUAAAGCCAAGUUAAAUGAAUUAUAUUCACUUUCAAGAUUAAACCAACCUUUAAGAGAAUUAAAAUAUACUGAUUUCAUUUCAAGUCAAUUGUAUAAUGAUGUAGAAAGUUUAGCAAACAUUAAAGUUGAUAUUAAAAGUUUGCCAAAUAUUUUUGUUAAACAAACAAAUUUUAAUAAAUCACAAACCCCUAUAUCAAUAACGCCAACAAUUUCAUGGUCUAAUACAAAUGCUAUUUCACCAAAAAAAUCAUCCAAUGAUAAAAUCUCAAAUGAAUUUUCAGGUUUAAAGGCUUCAAAGACGAUUUCUACUCUAGAAUCAAAAUCUUCUUCAAACCAUAAUUCAAAUGAUGAUGACGAUAUGAUUCGUCCAACUUCUUCUACAAAUACUGCUAGUAUAUUAAGACCUUCAAAAUCAAAUUCUCAUCAAUCUCCAGUCAAAUCUUCUCCCAAACGUAAAACUGCCCCUUCAUUACCAACAAGUAGCAAUUCAAAUUCACUUUCACAUUCAUAUUGGAAAAAGACGGGUGACAGGCAAUAUGAGAGAGAUGUUACCAUCGAUCUGGAAAUUUCAAAGGAUUCAAAAGAUACUCUUGUGCCUGAUUUUCAAUCUUGUUUAUGUGCAAGGUUUUAUCUACUUCGUGUAAACAUCAAGUUUGAUCACCAUGUUGGUCACUGUGUUAUUGAGAUCCCAAUAUCUGUUAAAACUUUAAGGCUUGAUCAAUGA